GCUCCGAGCGCUUGUGCAUUUCUGCAGGCGCGCGGCGAGCCAUUCGCGGCGGCUGCUGCAGCUCCGACUGCAUCCUGCUCCUCCCGGGCUCCGGGUGUGCGCGUGUGUGACUGUGUGUGUGCAGGUGUGUCCGUUUUAAUUCUGCCCAGUAGGUGGGACUUGGUGACUUUAGCACCAUAUUUUCCUUUUUUUUUUUUUUUAAUUCUUUUUUGCUUCCUCGCCGUCUGUUGCAACCCUGCAAAGUCUCGCAGUAGGAGAGCGCGGCUCGCUUCCCGAGCUCCCGGACCCGGCGAGCCGGCGAGCGCCCAACCGGCCACCAUGCCAGGCAGACCGCGCCACUAGGCGCUCCCCGCGGCUCCCACCCGGCGGCGUUGGCGGCGGCGGCGGCGGCGGCCGCGAUGGUUUCAGACGCUGGAGGAUUUUGCAUCUGAUCGCUCGGCGUUUCAAAGAAGCAGCGAUCGGAGAUGGAUGUCUCUCUCUGCCCAGCCAAGUGUAGUUUCUGGCGGAUUUUCUUGCUGGGCAGCGUCUGGCUGGACUAUGCGGGCUCGGCGCUGGCGUGCCCCGCGAACUGUGUCUGCAGCAAGACCGAGAUCAGUUGCCGGCGGCCGGACGAUGGCAACCUCUUCCCCCUCCUGGAAGGGCAGGAUGCGGGGAACAGCAACGGGAACGCCAGCGUCAACAUCACCGACAUCUCCAGGAACAUCACCUCCAUACACAUAGAGAACUGGCGUGGUCUGCACACGCUCAAUGCCGUGGACAUGGAGCUCUACACCGGCGUCCAGAAGCUGACCAUCAAGAACUCAGGACUUCGGAGCAUCCAGCCCAGGGCCUUUGCCAAGAACCCCCACUUGCGCUAUAUAAAUCUGUCGAGUAACCGGCUCACCACUCUCUCGUGGCAGCUCUUCCAGACACUGAGUCUACGGGAAUUGCGGUUGGAGCAGAACUUCUUCAACUGCAGCUGCGAUAUCCGCUGGAUGCAGCUCUGGCAGGAGCAGGGGGAGGCCAAGCUGAACAGCCAGAACCUCUACUGCAUCAGUGCCGACGGCUCCCAGCUCCCCCUGUUCCGCAUGAACAUCAGCCAGUGUGACCUUCCUGAGAUCAGUGUGAGUCACGUCAACCUGACCGUACGGGAGGGUGACAACGCUGUCAUCACCUGCAAUGGCUCUGGGUCUCCGCUGCCCGACGUGGACUGGAUUGUCACUGGGCUGCAGUCCAUCAACACCCACCAGACAAAUCUGAACUGGACCAAUGUACACGCCAUCAACCUGACGCUGGUGAACGUGACAAGUGAGGACAAUGGCUUCACCCUGACGUGCAUCGCAGAGAACGUGGUGGGCAUGAGCAAUGCCAGCGUCGCCCUCGCUGUCCACUACCCCCCGCGCGUGGUGAGCCUGGAGGAGCCCGAGCUGCGCUUGGAGCACUGCAUCGAGUUCGUGGUGCGCGGCAACCCGCCGCCGACCCUGCACUGGCUGCACAACGGGCAGCCGCUGCGCGAGUCCAAGAUCAUCCACGUGGAGUACUACCAGGAGGGCGAGGUGUCCGAGGGCUGCCUGCUCUUCAACAAACCCACCCACUACAACAAUGGCAACUACACCCUCAUUGCCAAAAACCCACUGGGCACGGCCAACCAGACCAUCAAUGGCCACUUCCUCAAGGAGCCCUUUCCAGAGAGCACGGAUAACUUUGUCUCUAUCUACGAAGUGAGCCCCACCCCUGUCACUGUGACCCACAAACCCGAGGAAGACACUUUCGGGGUCUCCAUCGCUGUGGGACUUGCUGCCUUUGCCUGCGUCCUGUUGGUGGUUCUCUUCAUCAUGAUCAACAAGUACGGUCGGCGGUCCAAAUUUGGAAUGAAGGGCCCUGUGGCUGUCAUCAGCGGCGAGGAGGACUCAGCCAGCCCGCUGCACCACAUCAAUCACGGCAUCACCACGCCCUCAUCGCUGGACGCCGGGCCAGACACGGUGGUCAUCGGCAUGACGCGGAUCCCGGUCAUUGAGAACCCCCAGUACUUCCGACAGGGACACAGCUGUCACAAGCCAGACACGUAUGUGCAGCACAUUAAGAGGAGGGACAUCGUGUUGAAACGAGAACUGGGCGAGGGAGCCUUUGGGAAGGUCUUCCUAGCAGAGUGCUACAACCUCAGCCCGACCAAGGACAAGAUGCUCGUGGCCGUGAAGGCCCUGAAGGAUCCCACCCUGGCUGCCCGGAAGGACUUCCAGAGGGAGGCUGAGCUGCUCACCAACCUGCAGCACGAGCACAUCGUCAAGUUCUAUGGCGUGUGUGGCGACGGGGACCCCCUCAUCAUGGUGUUUGAGUACAUGAAGCACGGGGAUCUGAACAAGUUCCUCAGGGCCCACGGGCCAGAUGCUAUGAUCCUGGUGGACGGGCAGCCACGCCAGGCGAAAGGCGAGCUGGGGCUCUCCCAGAUGCUCCACAUCGCCAGUCAGAUUGCCUCGGGCAUGGUGUACCUGGCAUCCCAGCACUUCGUGCACCGGGAUCUGGCCACCAGGAACUGCCUGGUCGGAGCCAAUCUGCUGGUGAAGAUCGGAGACUUCGGCAUGUCCAGAGAUGUCUACAGCACUGAUUACUACAGGCUCUUUAAUCCAUCUGGAAAUGAUUUUUGUAUAUGGUGUGAGGUUGGAGGGCACACCAUGCUCCCCAUCCGUUGGAUGCCCCCUGAAAGCAUCAUGUACCGGAAGUUCACGACGGAGAGCGACGUGUGGAGCUUCGGGGUGAUCCUUUGGGAGAUCUUCACCUAUGGGAAGCAGCCAUGGUUCCAGCUUUCAAACACAGAGGUCAUCGAGUGCAUCACCCAAGGUCGCGUUUUGGAGCGGCCCCGAGUCUGCCCCAAGGAGGUGUAUGAUGUCAUGCUGGGCUGCUGGCAGAGGGAGCCCCAGCAGCGGCUGAACAUCAGGGAGAUCUGCAAGAUCCUCCACGCGCUGGGGAAGGCCACGCCCGUCUACCUGGACAUCCUCGGCUAGUGGGGCCGGGGCCACACAUUCCUGCUCCUGUCUCCCGGCCUCCCCUCCCCUUCUUCCGCCUCGCACCUCCUUUCUUCAUCCUUGACUGAAGCGAACAUCUUCAUAUAAACUCAAGUGCCUGCUACACAUACAACACUGAAAAAUAAAGAAAGAGAAAAACCCUGUAAGGCAGUUUGGCAUAUAUAUAUAUAUACGUAUAUAUAUAUAUUUAUAUAUCUAACUAUCUAUCUAUCUAUAUCUACAGAGAGAUACCUUCUUCUCUAAUACAGAGGGAAGCUAUUGAAACAGAAACCGCAAGACUGUCACACCGACUCAGAAAAUCUUAAAUAUUAUGAACACAAAUGAAAACUCCCUUUGACGUAAGCUGCGGCCCGUGCUUCCUUCGCUCCAGCUUUUCAGAGCCGAAGACCUUGACGAUGCAGAGACAAUCUUCAAGCUGGGACGGGAAGGAGCUGGGGUGGAGUGGGAAUAGUCGUUGCCCAGGUAAUCACCUGCACAGGUGUGUUACCUGCGAGCUCUGCACAGGCGCAUGGGCAGACCUCAUCCACCGAGCUCAGCAAGGAAAUAGCACCAGACUGGGUGCCUCUGGGAUGCCUCCUGCCUCCCCUGGCCAUUGUCUCUAGGCCCUCCCCCUUCCCUCCACUUCAAGGCAGUUCUGUGAUUCGGCCGUUCUACAAAGUAGAGUCCUGAUGCUUUCGGGGGGUCAGCGAUGACUCCUACCAGUAAACACGGGAACAACAGCAGAACACGAAACCAUGACGGCGGUGGACUGUGUCCACGGUGGAUGUAAACCAUGCUCCGGUCCCUUCCAAAUUUGAAAGCGAUGAUCUGUCAUCUACCCUCUGAACCUUGAGAACUGGAUUUUCUGGACUUAAAGAACCUCAGAAGAAAGAGCUGAAAUCUAAACACUGUCAAGGCACUGCCUUCCAUCUUUCCAUCCCCAGAGAGACUCCGUGACUCCUACUCCCACAUUCAGGCCUUUGGGGAGCUCUGGGGGGUAGGGAGCAGCCCCUGAAUCAUCUGCAGAUGUGGGCACAGCAGUGUCCCGACAGCAAGAGACGUAGUUCCUUGUAGGCCAUUGUAAGGUGUGCGCCGCUGGGGUCUCUGUUUCUCACCCUGCCUCCCCUAGCCCCUCGCCCCAACUUCCUGGCCUUCUACCAAGUCCCAGGUGAACCCCACUGCUGGGGAGGAGAGCCACGUCUGGCGAGAGGCAGGGAGCUGGCAGUGGGGGAAUCUAUCUGGUGUCUGCACCCAGCCCCUUGGCAGUCUCCUCACGUUUGCAGCCCCUGGAAGGAUUGAUGCAUCUGCCUUUGAGCGGCUGUGCAAAUGUAGGGGCUGAGAAAUCGCUUUUGUGGCUGGGGGUGGGGGGUGGGGCUGCGGAUCCCUGGGAGAUGUCCAAUGCGUGGCCAUGGCCGCAGGCCUGGCAUCUUAAUGAGGGCCGAGCCCUGCCCAGGGCAAGAGAGUGAAGCAUGCAGGCUGCGGCCGGCUCCCGCUGUCCCCGCACCAGGGGAGUCACUGUGUUCCCGGCUGCUGCUGCUUGCGAGGACUGCAGUGGGGCGGGUCUCUGGGCCUCCCUGACACAAGACGACAAAAUGCCUGCGGAAGCCAACAGGCUGGCCCACAGAGCCUUCCUGCUGGGGAGGAGAGGCUGUGUCCCUCCAAGGCCUCCGGCCCCUCCACCCGACCCCAGGCCCAGAGCUCCCUGACCGACUGGCCUUCACCCACCUGCAGCCUCCUGGGGGCCUUGUCCUGCCAGCGUAAGGGACUGUCAGCAGCCUGCACAUCCUGGUCAGCUGCAGUGUGGGCAUCCCUGAGUCGGGGUCAGGACUGAAUUCUGUGUUUGUGGUUCUGCUGCUUUCUUAGAGCAACAAAUGUUUUUAUUCAAAUAGAAAAGAGCUGUGCUCAGACUGUAGGCUACAGCUGGGAUGCAGGGAUCCGGAGGCUGCUCAGCUGGCCUGGGAAGUGGGGGGCAGCUGGAGUUUGGUGGGGGCUUUCUCAGCGGGCUGUGCUCCCAGCCCUGAGGACUUUGAAGGGGCGCCCUUCGGACUGACCACCUCAAAGGACUCCUCUGCUGCUGGCCAAUGCGGUUUCCCUCCUGUCUUUCCACCUGGAGGCCCUGGGUCUCUUCUGGGGCUGCUCCUGCUGGACGGAUCUGGGCAGUCAGUCUGGUUCUGAACUGGGUAGCUAAGGGAGGGGUGCUCACAAAGGGAGCGGUCGGGGGGGCUGGGAGGGGUGUCUUUGUUUAGAUGUGAGACCCCGAGGGUCCUCUUGCUGCCAUAUCAUCCCCAGAAAAAGACCCUGUGUGGCUUCUUUCUUCCAGGCUGUGUGUUUCUGGAACCUCAUCGUCUGAUGGGCUGGGAGAGGGAUUGGAGGCUGGUGGGCCAACUGGGAAUGAGGAAUGUGCUAGGGUCUCAGCUCGGGGCACUGAGUCGUUAUGGCCCGAUGGAGAAAGGCAGUUCCUCGGGGAGCGGGAGCACCGAAGGGAACGAGGUUGCUGGGUUGCCCUGUUCUUAGUCCCACAGGCCUCUGUGUUGGCCUUGGGUCAUGUCUCCAGCAUGUCCAUCAUCAGCAGCUGCCUGUUGUAAGAGCAGAAGGCAGAGGGUGGCAUAGGAAGGAGGCGUGGAGGCGGGACUGCUUGCUUACUGAUCUCGGACUCUCUCUGAAGAGUCUACACUGUUGAUUUAAUACCCUUGGCAGGUAAAAAAAAAAAAAAAAACAAAAAACUUUUAGGAGCAUGAAGGAGGCAGAGAAUAGGGCUGUGGAAAAGGAGGGGUACUCUACAGCUGUGGGGAUGGUAAUUAUUCCCCCUGCAGUGGGACAGGAUGGUAAAAAUUACGGUGCCUCAGUUUCCCCAUCUGCAAAAUGAAGGGUGUGCUUGCUAAUCUCUGGCCUCUUCAAGUUCUGAGUUUUUAGAUUCCAGCAGCAUGGAGUCACUGUGUCCUUUUUCUCAGUACCACCCUGCAGUGCCGGGGCCAGCCCUCCUCAGGCCGUGUGUGGGUGGGGCAGCUGCCUCUGGGGGCCACCCGGGCACUCUUCCUUUGCCCAUAGAUCACAACAAUGGAGAGACUGCAGUGGCUGAGCUCCUUUAGGCUCGGAGAAAGCAUUUGGUCUCGUUCCCCGUCCCAGCCUUCCUGCACACCGAAGAGCACCAGCGAAGGUUUAUUUAUUUACUUACUUUUAAAGAGCCUAAUGCAGUUAAAUGAGUUCUGAAAUGACAAUCCCGCUAGGAGUACGGCCGCCCCAGUCCACUCACUGUCACCCCUUUAUACCAGAAGCUACAGUUAAACGGCCAGGGCUGAGCCGGUGUGAGAGCGGGGCUUGGUGUGAGCCAUGGGGACUGUGUGUGCCGCUUAGGUCACCCAGGCAGAUGUCCCUGCUGUGCCAUCCUCACCUGGUGCCCUCCCAGACUGGGUGCGAGGGGCCCACCUGUUGGGUGGUCACCUGGGAGGAGGGGGCACGGGAGGGUCCUCCCAGCUCUUUGGUGGUGAACCCCCAUGCUGCCCUCUGACUAUACCCUUGGCCUCUGAGUGGAUCGAGAGAGUGGGCCUCUCAGCCUCCUCUUGUUAACAGACAAGGACUCGAUGCCUCCUCCACUGAGCAGACCCCGCACAGAUCAUCCCUGGAGACAAGCUUCCCACUGGAGACAAACCUUGGUCCUUCUGGCUUCUGGUUGGUUGACUGCAACCCUUGCUCUGUGGUGAUGCUUACUUUACAGAAUACACUAGUGCAAACAUUUCUGGUGCUACAUCCUCCGACAGAAGCCAGCACCGACAGGAGGGCUGACAGCCAGUUUCUGAGGCCGCAUGAGACUCUUGCGGAGAAGCAAGUGUGAGCCAAUCAUGCCGGGAGAACGUGGGCCGCAUGGGAAGCUGGGUGGGAAUGCGGGGCGGGGGAAAGGCCAUCACAAUCCCUGCCUUCGCUUUUAGUUCCCCAGGUGACCUUGGCCAGGUCAGCUCAUCUAUCAGAGGAUCAGAUUUCUCAUCUGAGACAUUUAAGAGGGUGGAACAGAUAUCCUUAGGGUCCCAGUUAAAAAAAAAAAAAAAAGCUAUGCUCUGGUCCCACCUGUUUUUCUUUUUGUUGUAUUUUGUUUUCUCACUUUGCUCGUUAGAAAUAAGAGAGGAAAUGAAAGUCAGGUAAGGAAGGGAAGGAGCAAACAUGUCCAAUGGCAAGAAAUUGACGAUAGAAGGCAGACGGGAAAGGGAUAUUGGUGGGGGAACCAGGUACACAAGCCGGGGGCCCCAUUUCCUGGUUUUCAAGAGGGCUGCUGCCAGGCCCCCUGGUGACUUUCACCAGCCGGUCCUCCUCAUCUACCCUGCCCAACACUGACAUGCCCGAAGUUGGCAGAAACUGGUCCAAGAUCAGAGACAGACCUGCCCACUUCUCACGCAGGUCACUGGGAAUCUGGGGUCAGCACCAAGAGAUUUUUCCCUUCAAGUACUAUUGUAAGGAGGUGUAUUUUGGAAAGAGGGCAGGGUUUGAAGUUGCAGACUAUUCACCAAAGUCCUUUUGCCAUUCAGGACCGGCUUUUGGCUUCCCCUUGCUCCCUUUUGCCAAGCCAAACAGCAGUAACAUUUUCUUGACUGAAGUACGUUUAAGACAGUGGGCAGCCUUGGGAUUCAGGGUCUUCUCUGUGCUUUUUUCAAAGUCUGGAGCCAAGAAUUAUCUAUCGAUGUUUGUUGAACAAGCCCACGAACUGGCAGUCAAUUUGUCCUCAAAUUCUCCUGGGACAUUGGUGGUCAGCUGUGGUUGGAUGCCAACCUGCUAGAAUGCCUAAUGGCAUCUGCCCUGGAGCAAAAAAAAUGGCACCUUUAGCUCAGGGCUUGGAGCUGUAGUCACUGUGUUUUUGGUCCCUGGAGUGCCGACCUUUUUAUGUGAUACCAAAUACAUUUUUUUUUUUUUUUUUGGCCAACACUUAAUAGGUUUUAGGAGAAAAUUCCGAGUUUUUGUAUCAUUACUAAGAUUUCAAUAUAGGCUUCAGAAAAUGUUUUGGGAUUGCUUAACCUCACUGCUAGUGCCAUCCUAGGAAAGGUAUAGACCUACAUACAUUGGAUGUUUAUAUCUACAUAUUCAAUUGCAAUAGCAUCAGUGAAGGUCUGCUUGGAGUCAGCAAGACCUGUGUGGAGUCAGCAAGAUUCCAUAAUGCUUGAUCUCUCUGAGCCUUACGGUUCUCGGGGAUGAGAAAUCCAGAGAUGGACUAGCCUAGGAGACGUUCAGAAAGGUACUGAUGGGACACCUGUCAUCUUAUAACAUUUGACCAUUUGGUGCUCCGUGAAUUAAAUUAUGCUGAUGACUACAUUCUGAGCAUCCAAAAAUCACUCUUUCAGGUUGGCUGCCUGGUAGAUUACCACAGGGGAACCAUUUCUGCUGUAUGCCAUCUGGGGGUUGGUAUAGCAUUUACCAGCCCUGCAGGUGAAACCAGCCCCCAGCAGGGAUGGGAGAGAAUGUGAGAUGGUGGGAAUCACUUGGUCUUCUGCAAAGCCUUGCUGACCGUGGUGGGUAUGGUGAAUAUCACCACACUAGGUAUUAGGACUUUUGCCGUGAGCACAGGCUGUCCACCCUAAGGGUGAAAUUGGCUUCUGAUAGGGUCUUUGUUUCCCUCAUGUCAUCUCCCCAAAGAUAGUCCCUUUGGCUGCUUAAAAGACUCCUGUACUUUGCAGCAAAGACAUCUCUGGCCCAAGUCUCAGGAUGCCAACAUAGACACUUUUGUAUUUCACAGGGAGAUCUGUGGAGAUUCAGAGUCCCCAUCAAAACACUUGGAAUUCUGGAUCAAAGUAAUAAAAUUCAGAUUCCCCUUUCUCUUGAUCUAACCAAGUCCCAAAUUUAAAACAAGGCCUGGUUUCAUAUUUGCAGCAGGAACAAUGUCUUAAACCAGUGUGCUGGGCUGUCUUCCAUUGUAUAGAGGCAGAACAGUAAGCUUGUUAAUUUUUGCUAAUCGCCAGGGUAAACCUGACUUUGUGUUUAGUGCCAUGGCCCAAGCUUGCAGCCUACAGGAGACAUGUAGGGCUGACAAAGCUGGAAGUUUCUAACAGAGGAUGUUUCAAGAUAAUACAGAUGAAGAAAGGCCUUUUGGACAUCUUUGGAUGACCUUUGGAAAGGCCAGUGUGUUGGUGCUCAAGUCUUGCUUUUCAGUUGAACAUUUUAGGAGAGGAAUUGAUUUUUUUCUCACUUUGGACAAUGACACAUUUAGACAUCCUUCCUGAAAGUUCAAAGGCCUGAGAGCCCAGAUACCCGCUGUUUACUUUGAUAUUAUUUUGGAUGCAACAUCCCUGAAGUCCAGCAAGAAAUGUGAAUAUUCAAGUCUAAGGCUGAAAGUUAUUCCUUCAUUUAAGAAAAGCGUAUGGGAGUGAUAAAAAAAAAAAGAGAAAAAAAUCGUAAUACUUUAACUGGUAGAACAUACUCAAAUGAAGGGCUUCUUUGAAUGUUUUCUGUCUUGGAGAACCAUCCAUGUUUCAUCUCCAUUUAACAGCUUCCCGACCUCUAGCAGAAGCCUCUGAGCCCACCUCUGGCAU